AUGCUCCCACAAAACCCACCAAAGCAUUUGCUCUUUCUCUUCCUUGUGUUAACAUUCUUUACUUACUGUUUUGGCACUUACCAAGAAAACCCACAUGCUAUUCUUGAACAUGACAAGAAAAUUAGCUCCAAGCCUGUGUUUUCUAGCUUUUCCAAGCUUGUUAGGCACGGAAACACUUCUACUACUGUAAGUUCAUCAAACAUAAUACAGAUCAAUGUGGAUGAUUUUGGAGCUAAGGCUAAUGGAACAGAUGAUAGUGAGGCAUUCAAGAAAGCAUGGGUCAAGGCUUGUUCUUCCAAUGAAACUGCUAAUAUUGUUGUCCCUGAGAACAAGACUUAUCUCCUUAAACCUGUGACAUUUUCAGGUCCUUGUCAAUCUGAUCUUAUAUUCCAGAUUUAUGGAACAAUAAAAGCUUCUAAUAAAAUGAGUGAGUAUGAAGAUGAUAGAAGACAUUGGAUUGUAUUUGAUAAUGUAAACAAUCUCAAAGUUCAAGGUGGUGGCAUUAUCAAUGGCAAUGGCAGGAUGUGGUGGGAAAACUCCUGCAAAAUCAACAAAGACAUGCCCUGUAAAGUUGCACCCACUGCUGUCACUUUCAAUGAGUCCAGGAAUUUGAUAGUAUCCAAUCUGUGGUUCAAAAAUGCACAAAAGAUGCAUCUCAGAUUUGAGAAAUGUAUUAAUGUCAAGGCUAUGAAUCUCCUUGUGACUGCACCAGGGAACAGCCCUAACACUGAUGGAAUUCAUGUCACUGGCACCCAAAGCAUCAGAAUAACAAACUCUGUCAUAAGAACAGGUGAUGAUUGUAUAUCAAUAGUCAAUGGGUCCAGAUAUGUUGAAGCCACAGAUAUUAUAUGUGGACCAGGACAUGGAAUAAGUAUUGGUAGCUUAGGAGCUGAUAAUUCAGAAGCUGAAGUUUCUAAUGUGUUAGUCAAUAGAGCAACAUUUUCAGGAACCACUAAUGGGGUCAGAAUUAAGACUUGGCAGGGAGGGUCUGGAUAUGCAAAAGACAUAGUAUUUGAAAAUCUUAUAAUGAAAAAUGUGACCAAUCCUAUAAUUAUCGAUCAAAACUAUUGUGAUCAAGAUGAUCCAUGCAAAGAGCAGAAAUCAGCUGUGCAAGUAAGCAAUGUAAUGUACAGGAACAUACAAGGAACAAGUGCUUCAGAAGUAGCCAUGAAAUUUGAUUGCAGCAAGACCUUCCCUUGCCAAGGAAUUCUGUUGCAGGAUAUCAUUCUUGGACUUGAAGAAGAUGAACUUGCUAAAGCUUAUUGUGUUAAUGUUAAAUUGACGGACAUGGGGAAAGUUUCUCCUCAGUGCUAUUGA